GACACAGCGAGGGUGCAAGGGGGGGCAGAGAGACAGUAGAAAAGAGCAAGAGCGACAGAAGGCGGUGAGAGAGAGAGGAGGGGGUUGUUGAGGGGGUCAGAGCGAUGAGACGAGGCAGAUAGACGAGGAAGAGAAAGAGAGAGGAGAACCUGUCAUCUGCACACUGCUUCCUUUUUUCCGCAGCUCAGCCCCGUCUGUCGGCUGCCUGGCGGGGAUGACGGGUGGCUCGUUUUCAAGGCGCACGGUUAUCUGAGCGAUGCUCGCGGCGGCGUUGACAGAAUCGGAGGCGGCAUCUUCGGCCACUUUCCUCAGUGGAGCAGCCUCCUCUACUGUUCCCCUUCUGAUGAGCCUCAGAGUGAAAGACCCCCGCUGAUAGAGGCUUCUCUCUGUCAAGACAGUGCCAUGUGCGAUUGGCCAGCACGCCCCUUGGCAGUGGCAUCGCCCCGGAUUUGGCGAGAAGCGCUUCCUCUCGCUCGUUCUCCUGCGCUCCUCCGGGAAUCUUUUUCAGGAUUUAUCUCAUCCUGCUGGAUGGCAGCGAGCUCUCUGCCUCUCUGAGAGAAGAGUCCGCAGAGAAAAGCCACGGAUAAGACGUAAAAUAAUUAUCCAAUCACGGCACAGGGAGGCAGACUGGGUUCCCUUAGCAACAACCGAGGGAGAAGUCGUUUUCUCUUUCUGCUUGUUUUUUUUUUUUGUGGGGGCACACCCCUGUGGACUGCUGGGGGUCAAGGGUUGCGUGACUAGUGCCGACCAAAUUUCAGGAAGAGUUUCUGCUUUUCAACUGUAACUGUGUCUGAUCUAUGCUAUGAUUUCUACCACGAGUCACGUUUCGUGGGCUUAGAAAUCAAUUCAUCCUGAUCCCACGCCACCUGGAAUAAAUCCUUCUUUGGGGUGGGGGGAUUGGAUUCUCUAGGAAAAAACCUCCACCUGCCUGCCUAUGAGAGAAAGACACCAUUAUUAAGUUUUCACCGGUAAAGAAAAUGGAUCUUUGAUUUUGAUCUCGGAUGUCUUCGUUUUUUUUUGGAAUACUCGUUUUUUCAUACCCAACAUAAAGAUAUAGAAGACAAGAAUUGGGGGUGCUGGAUAACAGUUUUCUACGGUAGAAUGACACAAUAUUACAAUGUUCUACAAGUGGAAGAGGGCUCAAGCCGAAGCCCAAGUAUAGAAAGAUGUUUUAAAUAGCCUCUCCUUUAAAACAAUUCUAGUUGUACACGCUGACACAUGAGAUGAGUUGGCUCAGCGCGAUUAUGUAAGAUUUUCAUUCCAGCCUCGGCACAUGUUUUUUUUUUUGUGCCUCUUUCUUUUUUUCCCAUGGAUUUACUGUGUUUGAUUUCCCUCGUGCUCGCUUUCCCACCGUUUUCGAACGGACGUCUUGGAUGUCAGCGAGUGACCCUGAGGCGAGGAAAGGCGUUUUGGUCGUCUGGGUGCUUUUAAGAUGUUGAGGUCUCCCUGCGUGGCCGGGGCCCCUGUUCGGAUCAGUAGCACUGAGGCUCUUCGUAGCCAAAGACAUGGACCCCGACUCGGCUCCCCCACGCCCUCAGCCUGUUGGCCACUGGCCCCACGUCACCUUGUGAAGGAUGUCCCUCAGCAGAGCUCCGGCCCGGGACACCUCUGAGACCCCCAGCCCGAGAGAACGCAUCCGCAGCCACAUGAAGAUGGUGAUUGACCAGCUGGAAGGAAUCCUCAGAGAGCUAAAGGAUGUGGCCAAGGAACUCCGGGAGGUGGUGGGUCAGAUCGACAAACUGACGUCGGACUUUGACUUCGACCUGGAGCAAGAUGACUGGACGGUGGCGACAGCCAGCAGCACGUCCAGCAGCGAGCGCGGCCUCGGGGAAGCCUUCCGCCUGGACUUCCUCAACGCUGACGUGCUGUCCGACAGCUGGGAGUUCUGCAGCUACCUUGAGGCCGCCGGCGCUUGCGCCCGUGUGCCCGGGGAACCGGUUAUGGGCUACCACAGGCCACAGCCAGGUCGUGGGACCAUACCCACCCAGACCCCCACCCCGCCUCCCACCGCCACCGCCUCCGUCUACUCCCAGAUGAACGGCGGGCUGCCCAUCCCUAACGGACCUCGCAUUAUCACUCCGGAUUCAUCCAGCGAGGAGGCCAGCAGCUCCACACACUCCCACAAGACGAGGGAGAGGGUCCGCUUCAGCGACAAAAUUCUCUACCACGCCUUGUGUUGCGACGACGACGACGAAGAGGAGCAAGAAGACCUAACAGACGACAAAAGCGGCUGCGCCACGCCCGACAGCGAUGGCGAGCAGAGCCUCUUAGCCGAGCCGGUCGCCCCUAAACGUUCUUCCUCCGAGCACUCGCUACUCUAUAACUGCCUCGACCCUUCUUACGUCCCCUCGUCGGCGAGAAGCAUGAUGGGAGCACACACGUUACCCAGGAAAGGCCUCCUGAACCCUGGCUGCCGCAAAAAACUGCUCCGAAACAGCAGCACGCAAACUGUGUCGGAUAAGAGCACCCAAACUGUACUGCCCUAUAUUCCAAACAAACAGAAAGCAAAGGAGCACUGAGCCAACCCUCCAUUUAUCAUACGUCUCACCACCAAGGACUGUGCAUUAUUUAAUAUUAAAUACAUAGCUAAUAGAUUAAUACACAAAUAAAUCAAUUACUAAAUAAAUAAAUGAUAUAUGGGAAAAAUCACUCGCCUUCGUAAAGUCAUUCCGAGAGAUGAAAGUGAUUUUGAAUUGGAAUUCCGAGGUCUAAAGCAAUCGUUUGGACUUUUUAGGCGUUGAAAUGGCUCCGUUUUCCUCAUUAUGCAGCCGGAGAAACAUGAGACAAAACAGCUUGUUGCUUUUAAUGUGCCUUUAAAAAGCUUCAUGUGCAUUUUUUUCCCACACAUCCACACGCACACGUUUUCAACAUCAAACAAGUCCCACAACAACAAACUGCAUUUUAUUGUACCGCGGAAUCUCAAAAGUCAAUUUGUUCUGCGUUUCAAAUAAUGUUUCCCACGGGAAACGACGCAAAGAGAAUUAAUCUGUCGCCGACACGCAACCUUUAUUUAAUGUACGGGCAACGUUUUAAGCAACACUUUUGACUUUUUAAAAUGUCAUACAAACAAAGAUAAGUUAACCAAAAAAAAAAAAAACAACCAAAAUGAAUCAAAACUGCUCCCCUUUGAAGACACCUUCAGGGACCAGGAGGGGUUGCGGAGCGACACGGCUCCCCUGGCGACGUUUUAUAACUGCUACUGGACUUAAUAGUAAUUCUGCUAAUUAAGUUAAAUCUUGAAUAAUUUGAAAGUGUUGGCUUUAAAAUGGAACGAACAUACACACGGGUUAUUAAGCCUGAUGCUACGUGCUAUUUCAGUGUGGUCAUCGUGAGUUUGUGUUUGCAAUUAAGUUUAAGUGAGUUAAAAAAAAAAUAUCCUGAUCAGUGGUUAUCGUCUCACUGCUGUAACAGUAAAAAUAAGUGAACUUCUCGAUAACCAAACUUAAAAUUGUGUACACUCGCCCUGCGGGGUUCAAAUUUCACGGCUUCGCUAUCUCACGGUUUUCCAAACUAUUCAGUAAAUCAUGUUGUUUCAUGGAUGAACACGGCCUAUUACUAAAAGAAAAUGCAUAUUGAAGCAGAUGUUAUGGAUUUUUUGCCUCAAUUAAGCAUUAUCAAGCUUAAAAGUGGCUAAUUGAACUAAAAUACAAAUGCAAGGAAUUAAGAAGCUGCAUUAAAAUUGUGACUGUAUUGGUCACGAGGUGGCAGUAAUUGUUUGGUGAGACAAGCACCAGACUCGAUCACCAGAACAACAGGCUCUUUUUGCAGGUUUAAAUUACCUCACAACAGUCACAAUAAUAAUAGUUACAUAAACAUCAUAAUAAUAACAACAUGGGCUACUGGGGCUAAUCAAGCUAAAAUUCACCUCUGAACCCCCGACGUCGCUUCCUGUCCACACAUCCGGAAGACAUUUAUUGCAACAUUCACGAGCACAAGUUUUAUUUAUGUCUUACUAUUCCUAUUUUCUAAGAUCAUAUCUACUAUCUUGGGUGAUAUGAGUGUAAAGGUGACUAUAUGGGCGUUCAUGUUUAGAGGGCUCUAAUAAUGUCAAAAACCGUAUUUAGUAGAUCGUGAACAGGUUUUCUAUGAAAAUAAUCCAUUUAUAAAGAAGAAGAAUACUAUUUAGCGGAAAUUCACUUAUCAAGGUCGGGUCUGGAACCAACUACCCCCCAAUAAACGAGGGAUUGCUGUACUGUGUUCCUCUAAAUUAUACACCGAGUGAAGCUUAUACAUCGGAAUUUACGGAACUUGCGCUUCUUCUAGCGACUACAUAAAAGUAAAAUAAAGUAAAACUACUCACCCUCUGAUGACGCCUGAUGAAGUAGCAGAACUAGGUAAAUGUUUGCAGUUAUACUGCCCCCUCGUGGCAUUUUAUAGGUACAACUAAACUUUCAACGUAGUUUAUUUCGAACUAAAACAAAACCGCACACAGUCAUACCGUGCUAGUUAUUAGCUUAUAUGUUAUACAGUAGCUAUUUGCAUGACUAUUCCUUACUUUCUGUAUGUAAUUUGAUAUUUCAAUUGAUUGUCUUGCAGUCAGAUUCGUUCCUAUGUAGCUGCAAAUUCAAUUUACUAUUCUAUGGUUAUGAUCACACUGUCGUAUCCAGUGUAAUAAGAAGUUAACCGCGAUACAGCACAACGUAAAAACCAAAAAAAUGGUGUACUCACCUCGAUCUUUGGCGACAGGCGCAGACACUGACUUUGCAGUGUACAUUUAGGUAUUCUUGUUCUAUCAACUAUCCAAUCCGUCUAUCCAUUUUCUCACGGGGGCAUGCCGGAGCCUAACCCAGAUGACUUCGGGCAAGAGGCGGCGUACACCCUGGACUGGUCGCCAGCCAAUCGCAGGGCACAUAUAGACACAAACACCCUUUGAAGACACCGGAUAAUGGAGAGGGAUCUGAAGGGUGCUUGCUUGCAGAGCGAUACUUUUUAAGAUGUAUUGCAGCCUUUCUCAUGUUGUAGUCACUUCCAUUAUCAUCACACCUUUUUACCAGUGUAAAAAAAAAAAAAGUGAAAUUGUGUUUACUCACCUUUAACAUUGACAUUUGCAGUGCACGUUUAGUUCGUCUUCCUCUUUUAUUCCUUUCACGGUCAACUUAGCCGUGCCCGUCGGUCUGUGGUUGUCAUCACACUUUUCCUCCUUGCCCUCACAAGUACCCCUUUGUGGUGGCAUCCUACGAAAAAGCCCCACCCCAAAAAGCACAAGCAAUUGUGGAGUUAAUCAUUUCGAUGCUCAAUGAGCUGACGCCUCACAUCGUUUUCCUUUGCAGCAAAACUUGUAGAGAAGAAAGAAGUCCUUUAACAACGUGUGACAUUUCCUGUUUCUUUUUCCUGCGGCGCCAUUAAGGUUGCUGUCUCAGAACUGAAAAAAAAAAAAAAAAAACCCGCUGCUAAGGAUUUUUUCUGUCCAUUGAGUGGCCCAGUGGGGAAUGUAAGUCAGUAGAACAGUGUUUAUUCAGAAGGCUAAUGCCAAUAGCCAUUCCUGAUCAAUAUGUUCCAGGGAGGGUACGGCCAGAGCGCUCUCCACUGAGCGUGUACGCCACUCUCCUGGGAACUGGGAACAAAAAACUCACAGUCAGACCUAUCUGCUCACACGAAAACAAAGUACUGUGGCCCUACAUGACUGACAUUUGCACAAAGAAGUUUUUUAGCAAUAAUCCACCCCGGGGGAUCGGCUUUGUACUCCUGCUUCUGCCUCGACAACACGCUAGGCUACAACUCAUUUCCUGUUGAGUUUGAAAAGUACAAGUUUGAGUGAAAAGCUGGCUGACACCUGGGAAGCUGACCUUUUCGUGCGCUCGUACACAUGUUGUAGCCUUGGGAGUAACCGCAAAAACAUAUUUUAAAAUGAAAUCAACAAUUAGUGGCAUCACGACUCAAAAUUAGUGGGAAAUUGUGCAAGAAUGAUACACAGCAAAACCUUGAAUGACGCUUUUUAAACUAUUUCUAGAUAUUCUAUUGCAUAUCUCUAUAUUUUAGAGUCAAAGUGUCACCAUAAUCAAAUCUGUAUGAACUGUACAAGUCAUGUUUUAAGUAACAUGCAAGUAUAAAAAGUCUCACCUUUGACUUUGGUAAAGCGUAGUCAAUGCAUUGGUUACAUUCCAAAUAAAUACAACAAAUGAUAACAGUUAGGGUGAGGAGCUUGGAGGGGCUCAGAGUCGAGCCUCUGCGCCUUCACAUCGAGAGGAGUUGAGGUGGCUCGGGCAUCUAGUCCAGAUAUCUCGCGAACGCCUCCCUGGUGAGGUGUUCCGGGUAUGCCCAGCCGGGAGAAGGCCCCGGGGCAGACGUAGGACACGCUGGAGGGAUUAUGUCUCACAGCUGGCCCUGGGAACGCCUUGGGGUCCUACCGGUGGAAUAGGGAGAGGUGGCCGGGGACUGGGAAGUCUGGACUUCCCUACUGAGACUGCUGCCCCCGUGACCGAGACCCGGAUAAGCGGAGGAAAAUGGAAUGGGAAAUGGAAUGGAAUGGAAUAACAGUUCACAAUUUUAAAAAGCCACAUGUGUAUGGUGAGGGGUUUUACGGCCUUAAAACAUAUAUACUCUGAAAAAAACGAAGAUGGCUACUUCGCGGAUUUCACUUAUUGUGGGCUAUUUUGGGAACUUAUCCCCCGCUAAGUUUUAGUAAUGUUACAAAAUUAUGACCUUUUUAAAAUCAAGUCUAUGAUUAAUUCUAUCUGAUAAAGCAUGACACAAGCUUUAAUUUGACACGUCAUUUACUUCUCUACGCCAAAUAUCAGAGAUCAUAGAGCAGAUUUUAUACCGGAAAAUAGUGCCUUUGG